AUGUCUUUUAGGGCUAUUGCUGAUAUCAUCAUCAACGUUGAAAGUUUCAGGAACAUUGAUUUAUAUCAAUCUGGGCUUUAUCAUAUAGAAUUUUCUGUGUUUCAGAAGAUUAAAGAUACAGAAAUCUAUGCGUCGCCUUAUAAUUUGAUAAUGAACGAAGAGCCAAAAGACGAGUGUAGGAUUCUUGAGCCAAAUAUUGAUGACAUGAAGUUCAAAACCAGAAGCUUCUGAAUCCGAUAUAACGAUGAAGAAAUCAUUUUUAAUGAAAUUGCUGUCUUCCGGACUGAGAUUGACUAUGAAAGAGGAAAAAAUCUUGGAGAAAUUAAGAUCAGGGCGAAUUUGAUGUAUUUAAAUACUGAAAAUCAAGAAGAUGAAGAAGUUUUAAAUACUGACGUGAGGAGGAUUAGAGAAUUCCAAGCUGUCUCGUCAAUAGAAAUUGAAGUAAAGUCAAUCAUUAGCGGGAUAAAUAAUUAUUUCCCAUUUGUCUUUGAUGAUGAGCAUUUUUGUGUGACAUCUGCUACAAUUCAUGCGGCACCAAUUGAUUUUAGACUGAGAAGCUCCAAAAUAGAGGACGAUAAUAAAGAAAGUAGCCAUCACAUUUCGUAUUCAGAAGAAGAUCUAAUUCAAGCUAUAGGGGAAAUAUUUUUUAAGCGAAAAGAUAUAAUUUUGCAGGAAGAUAUGAGUGAAAUAUAUAAUAUUUAUGUAAAAAUAUUGGAAAAUGCAUGUGAAAACAACAAAAAAUUUAUACUAGAAUGGGAUAGCCAAGGAGGAGAAAUUGAUGAAAAAGUCCAAAUUCCUGAUGUGGGUAUCGGGAAAGAAAAAGUGAUAAAGAAAGUUAUAGAAGACAUUCAGACCAUCGCUGCUAAAAUUUGCUAUAUGAAUAUCCAAUUUUUAGAUUGUCUAAAAAAUCAUUCAACAGAAAUAUCAAGAUCAUUAGAAAUUUUAUAUAAUCAAGCAUCAAAAGAGUAUUGAAACCGCUAUAUUUCUUAUGAAAGUGCUACACUUAAUGAUUUUUCUAUGAGUUUUGAUGAAUCAUUAGCUGAGCACCACCAACAAAUUGUCGACACAAUUCUUAAUCACCCCCAAGAUUUUCAAAAUUUUCGUAUACAAGCUCCUUUGUUUUUGUCACAAAAGCCAGUCUUAAUUUGCAACACCCACACAAAAAGCAGGAUUUCUAGCGAAACUAAUCCAUGGGAUCCUGAAUGGUUAAGCUGCCUCCCAAAUCUGCCUAUGAGAAAACACGGUAUUCAUCUAGUUAUAAUAGUCCAUGGAUUUCAAGGGAACUCCUCUGAUGUAAAACUAUGGAAAAACUAUAUAGGGCUUUAUAGACCUGACACUAUGAUUUUAAGCUCAGUUUCCAAUGAAGAAGACACAAAAAUCAGUCUAGAAGAAAUGGGCAGAAAGCUCUCAGACGAAAUCGUCAGCUAUAUCCACGAAUAUUGUCCCAAAGGCUUGAGAAAAAUAUCCUUUAUCGGAUACUCCUUAGGUUCUCUCAUCAUCCGUUCAGCCCUUCCCCACCUUUCCCACUAUUCCUCAAAAAUGCAAUUUUUCUUGUCUCUUUCCUCUCCUCAUCUCGGAUACAUGGAAAACUCAAGCAAGCUUAUAGACGCUGGGGCGUGCAUGAAAACCUUGCUUAAAAGCGACUGCCUCUUACAGUGCACAAUGACAGAUGCUCACAACCCUUGGGACACUUAUAUAUAUAAAUUAAGUUCUCAAGUUGGCUUAGGCUGGUUUAAGCACAUAUGUUUCCUCAGCUCCUAUCAAGAUAAUUACACUCCUUUUUCUUCAGCAAGGGUCGAAAUUUCUCCAACUUCUAAUGAGAUUUAUGUUGAAAUGGCACAAAAUAUUUUCUCACAAAUAAAAAUCCCAAAAAUCUGCAGGCUUGACGUACAUUUUCCGGUUGAGGAGUCCUUGAAACCCCACGUGCAAAUUGUCCAGAAUUCGUCAUUGGUUCAGCUUUUCUUAUAUUCGUGUCCCCAUUUCUUUGAAUUAACUAAUUAA